ACACACACACACACACACAUACGCAGUUGAUAAUGGAUGACCUCUGGAAGAGAUGUUGCAACAGGGUUUAAUAAACCAUAUCUGCUAUUGUUGCCCUCUUAACACUGUGUUGCCUGCUGUUGCUGAGCUUGUCUGACCUUCUGCAUGUGUGUGUUUGUGUGUGCCCGUGUGUGUGUGUGCGCUGAAAGCAGCAAAGAGUUAAGAAGCUUAACCUGUUGUAGAAGUACUUAAAGCGAGUGAAAGAGCGAGUUAAUGAUAGAAAGACGGAACAACGCAAUGAAAGAGUGAGGAGCGCAUCGAAGACAAAGAUGGAGUGAGUGAGUGGAGGUGUGAGGGAAAGAAUACAAUUAAACAAAAUAACAGAAGGAAGCAAAGAGAAAGAGGGAUAGAGACACAGAGAUAGGUUUUUGGAUUAGAGAGGAUUAAUGUCUGUAGUGGUUUGGUAGUAGAAUUCACGUCAGUCACCACUGGCUGCUGAUUCAGUUCAGCUCAGAAUUCACACACUGAAACAUCAGCGGACCAGAGGAAGGCGAGGACGAAGAGGAGUAAAAACAACAAGAGACAAGCAAUGGAGGAUGGGGUCACUGAGAUGCUGUCCGAUGUGGUGCAGGACGUCAGUCAUGCGGUCUGCAGAAACAUUUAUGGUUCUCAGGUCCUCCAUGAACUGCUGAGCGCACCGUGGCUGCACGCCCUGCUGAAGAUUUAUGAGAGGCUGUUGCAGUUCGAGAGGUCGACCCCAACACCCGUUCUGCCUUAUGCCUCAGGGCUCUCACUUGAGAUCCUGACUACAUUACAGAAUGUCCACGGUCCCUCCGCUGAGGCCAGAGAGCUCUACAGCCUCCUCAGCUCACCACACAUCCAGGCCCUCCUAUCAUCUCACGACAGUGUAGCCCAGUCAGACUAUGGACCGGUUCUAGCGCCUCUGCCUGAUGAGAUGCCCGAGGGUGAGGAGGCCAUGAGGAUCGUUUGUCUGGUGAAAAACAACCAGCCGCUGGGGGCGACGAUAAGGAGGGACGAGGACACGGGGGAGAUCUACAUCGCCAGGGUGAUUCACGGAGGACUGGCUGACCGCAGCAGACUCCUCCAUCCUGGUGAUCUGUUAGUGGAGGUAAAUGGAAACCCUGUGGUGGGUCUGGAGCCAGAACAGAUCAUCCAGAUACUGAUAAAUUCCCAGGGAACGAUCCUGUUCAAAGUCAUUCCUGAAAAAGCUCAAAGCAACAGCGGACAGAAAUCGGUAUAUAUGAGAGCACUGGUGGACUACUCCCCCUUGCAGGACUCCUCCAUCCCCUGUCCCGAUGCAGGGAUGGCGUUCAGCCGAGGAGAGCUGCUGGAAGUCGUCGACCAGUCGGACGCACACUGGUGGCAGGCCAGGAAGCUCCCGUGCUCCACUUCCUGCGCUGGUCUGAUUCCCUCUGCCGGCAUGCUGAAGAGUAAACAGAGGGAACAGUGGUGGUGUCAGCCGUUACAGGUUCAUACCUGCAUCAGACCCUUGACUUACGAUAAUAACGAGAAAGAUCAAAUUCAAUCUGACGAGAAACGCACCGCUACAGAACUGGAACAAAUCUACUUUGAGAAGGCUGACUCGGAUAUUUCGGAUGGGAUCUACCUAGCUGGUUUCCGUCAGAGUUUCCGUCUCUGGAGGAGGACGUCCUACAGAAAGAGACGGCAGUCCUGCACCUCCUGCGCCCCCAACACCAGUGCCUACUCCACCCCCUACGAGGAGGUGGCGUUGUACCAGCGCCCCCCGCAGGAGGACCACCGCCUCAUCGUCCUCCUCGGUGCUACAAGAGUUGGAGUGAAUGAACUGAGGAAAAGACUCAUCAAACUGAACCCUUCAACCUUCCAGGGACCCGUACCGCACACCACUCGCCCAAUCAGAGCAGGGGAGGAGACAGGAAGGGAGUACCACUUUGUCACCAAAGAGCUGUUUGAGUACAUGGUUUGUAACCACAGGUUUGUGGAGUAUGGGGAGUAUAAGGGGCACCUGUAUGGGACCAGCACUGAUGCUAUCGAUGAGGUCCUCAAACGAGGACGGAUGUGCAUCCUCGAUGUCGAACCACACAGCAUCCAGCCGCUGAGGACGGGUAAACUGAAGCCCUACGUGAUCUUCAUCAAAGCUCCCAGUCUGGACAGGCUGAGACAAACGCGGAGAAACGCCCGAAUCAUCACCAACUGCUCUGUCAACAGAGCGUUCACAGAGGAUGACUUUGUGGAGCUGGAGGAGUCGUCCCGGCUGAUGGAGGCCAAGUACAAACAGUUUUUCGACGAGGUUCUGGUGAACGACGAUCUGCAGCACGCCUGCGUGCAGCUCUGCUCCAUCCUCCAACGAGCGCAGGACGAACCACAGUGGAUACCCGUCAGCUGGAGCCGGGCGGAGGAGUGAAAGGGGAGACGACUGUGGGGCCGAAAAACUACGAGUGAGAAUAUGAAAAGAAAAGAGUGAGGGAGCAUAAACUGGGGUGCAGAUGAGCGGAAGAGGGGUGUGAUGAUGGGGAGCUUUUUUAUUCAUUUUUUUUGUGCUUUGGUAUUUCCACCAAAUCAAUCAAAUAGCAUUGAAAUGUUAGUUAAUGCAAAUCUUUCUCAAGUAGGAAUUGUGAUAUGAAGCAUGUUUUUCAGAGCACUGACGACCUCUACUGUCUCUUUUGAUUCUUCCUCAGUGUUGGCAGGUCGCAGGCUCUGAGAGCAGCUACUAGCAGCUCGAUUAAUACUGAAUAAUAACAAUUAAGGAUGACUGUCACUCAGUUUUAUGUCCUGUGCCAGCGUGAGGCCCUCCGAGAAAGAUGUGUGACAUCUGGAUAUACAGAUUAAAUUCAGUUGAUUAAACAAGCUUCAAUAACUGCUGAGGCACCUCACCUGCAAACUCUAAACCCUGACGUUUGCAAAGGAUAUGUAGGGUAUUGUUUCGGAAUAAAAGUGAACAUGUACAUACGUGAGGUUGUGUCCUAAUAAAAGAUCAAGAUGCAA